AUGAUCGAGGGCUAUCUUGAAAGGCUGUUCAAAUGUAAUUUAUUGACAGAGGCUGAAGUAAGGCACUUGUGUGAUACAGCAACUGAAAUGCUGAUGAAAGAGGAGAAUGUUGUCAAUGUCAAGGCACCUGUGACUAUAUGUGGAGAUGUUCAUGGACAGUUUUAUGACUUGAUGGAAUUGUUCAAGGUCGGCGGUCUUCCACCCUACACAAACUAUCUAUUCAUGGGGGAUUAUGUAGACAGGGGGUAUCAUUCAGUUGAAACCAUUUCGAUUUUACUAUGUUUAAAGGUAAAGUAUCCUGAUAGAGUAUGGCUGUUGAGAGGAAACCACGAGAGUAGGCAGAUAACUCAGGUUUAUGGAUUUUAUGACGAAUGUGUCAGGAAAUACGGAACCUCUCUUGUAUGGAGAUACUUCACUGAUCUUUUUGAUUACUUACCUGUUGCUGCUGUUGUCGGAAAUGAUACAUUCUGCUGCCAUGGAGGGUUAAGCCCAUCGUUUGACACAUUAGAUCAGCUGAAGGCUAUUGACAGGAAGGUCGAGAUUCCCCAUGAGGGCCCCAUGUGUGACCUUCUCUGGUCUGAUCCCGAUGAGAAGCUUGGAUGGGGCCCUUCUCCUAGAGGAGCAGGAUUUACUUUUGGCAAGGAUAUAACAGAUUCCUUCAAUGAAAGAAACGGAUUGAAGAUGAUAUGCAGGGCUCAUCAGCUUGUGAUGAAUGGGUACAACUGGAGCCAUGAGAAGGGGUGUGUCACAAUAUUCAGUGCACCAAACUAUUGCUAUAGAUGUGGAAACUUAGCCACACUCAUGGAAAUGGAUGAGUAUGGAACAUACAGUUUCACACAGUUUGAGCCUUCACCUACAAAGAUCGAAACCCUUGUCUCUACCAAAAUCCCAGACUACUUCCUGUGA